AUGAAAAUGUAUCGCAUACUAUUGACAUUUUUGGCGAUUAUACUUGCUUGCUCCGUUUCAGAAGCCUUUCUCGAUCGAAAAACUCAACAAAAGGUCAAUGGAAUCUGCAAACAGACACCAGACACCAGAUUCUGCAGUAGUGUCUUUGCCAAAAGCAUGAUUCCUUCUUCCCCAAGCAACAAAGAUCUCAUGAACAUGACAGUAAGACAAGCUGAAAGAUUUUCAGCCAACACAAAUUUCUUCAUCAGCACGCUUCUUAGGAAUGCCGGAGACGAGAAGCCCGAUCUUCAAAUGUGCGCAGAAGCUUACACCAUUGUAGACAUGGCGUUCACAAAUGCUGUCUCUUACUUUGAUCAAGGACUCUACAAUAAUAUCCUCAAGCUUCAAAAGAAAGUUUCUAGAGGGGUUAGUAUCUGUAAGACAGAUUUUAUUGUGCCUGGUUAUAAGAUCAAUCCGUUGAUUGAGAAAAACAGAGACGCCAUGGUGUUUAUGGCCAUGGAAAAGAUCGUUAGUCGUAUGGUUGCUUCAUAA